AUGGCGCGCGUGUCGGCUUCAGUCAGUCUCUGCGACUGUAAUAUUACUCGCGAAGAGAAGAGCAUACCGUAUUCUGGACCUGACGCAUUCCGCGCAUUUCAGAGCGUGUUCCGACCGGUGUCGGGCCCGCCGCCCCGUCAUUCCGAAAACGAAGGACGCGCGAAGAAGCGGCGCAAGCUGACCAACGGCUAUUCCGCAGAUACAGUAGAGACUUUCGAUCCGAACCAGAGCGCCGUGCUUGCAAGAGUUACAUUAGACUUGGUCCCUUCCGACACUCAGAGUUCACCUUCACUUACACUUACGAACAAUCCGCGCGCCGCGAUCCCGCUACAACUAGAAUCAUUCUCGCGGCAAGACAAAAACCGGAUAACCUUCUCAGCGUUCGAUCCAGCCUCCUCAACCACCAUCGGUUUCGUUGCCAGCGCCGCCCCCGUAGUGAUCGAAUCACUUGCGACACAUCUUGACACCGCGGCAUCGGUUGGCGCAGAAUGGGCGAAGUCUUCACCAAGCUCAAGGAACGAUUACAUUCCCUUCUGCCGUUGCAUUCUCUCGGCCCCAACGCCCGGCCAACAGGCGCCACGGUUAGAGGUUGAGCUGCGGUGGCCCUUUGGUGUUUCGCUGGUCAGCACGUGGAGGGCAAGAUCCCAGCAUCGUGCAAACCUAAAGAUUCUGUCAACCUAUUUCCCGAACACUUCAGUAGACGACAAGUCACCGUGGACACUAUCCGACUUCUACGAUGCUGUUCACGUCCCGCCGCAAGGUUGCGACAUUUCAACUCGCAUCGCAGACAGCUUGCCAUCGACUGACCUAUACCCAUACCAACAACGAUCGGUACACUGGAUGUUGCAACGGGAGGGCGUGUUUCCAAAGCAAGAAAACAAUGUAUUUCCGGUGUCAUUUUCACCCGCUCAGGAUUGCACGGGCAAAAAAUGCUACGUCAGCAGUGUCCGUGGCAUGGUGAUAGCUGACUUGAAUCGGGAUUGGGACUCGACCGGACUCCACGGAGGAAUACUUGCCGAAGAGAUGGGUCUGGGAAAGAGCGUUGAGCUGAUCUCGCUCAUGUGUCUCAAUAAGCGAGACAUUCCCAAGGAAGACAUACACGACCCAUACCUCAACAAGUUUGUCAAGGCUUCGGGUGCUACUUUGAUCAUCACACCACCUUCCAUUCUCGAGCAAUGGAGAACCGAAAUUAAUAGGCAUGCGCCUCAUCUCAAGGUCUACCAUUACAAGGGCGCGGGUCGGCAUGAUAUCGCGAAGGCUGAGCUGAACGAGGCUACCGUGGAGCACCUGCUCCAAUUUGACGUUGUGUUGACUAGCUACAACGUACUCUCCAAAGAACUGCAUCACGCCAAACCUCCACCUGAUCGCUCAUUACGACACAAGAAAGUCCACGAACGUCGAAACAGUCCGCUGGUCGACAUAUCGUGGUGGAGGGUAUGCCUUGAUGAAGCCCAGAUGGUGGAGAGCGGCGUUAGCCAAGCUGCUACCGUCGCUCGUAGGAUACCCCGUUGUAACGUAUGGGCUGUAUCUGGUACUCCACUUCGGAACAACGUCACUGAUCUCGUUGGCUUACUCGUCUUCUUACGCUGCGAGCCGUUUGCCAGCACCAAAAAUCUCUUCGCACGCUUGGACAAAGCUUCUUUCCGCGAUUUGAUCUCUCGCAUGGCCCUGCGACACACGAAGGACCAGAUUCGUGGUGAUCUUGACAUACCUCCACAGAAACGUGUCGUUAUUACUGUGCCUUUCACCGAGAUCGAAGAGGAGUACUACAAAGACAUGUUCCGUCAGAUGUGUGAUGCAUGCUUCCUGACCCCUGACGGUACUCCUACCCGCGAUGACCGAGGCCUUGAUCAUCCCGAAACUAUCGAGAGGAUGCGCGACUGGCUGGUGCGUUUGCGGCAGACUUGCCUCCACAGCCACGUGGGCGAAAAGAACAGGAAAGCUUUCGGCUCGAAGAAUCGAUCUCUUCGCACAGUCCAAGAAGUGCUCCAAGCAAUGAUCGACCAGAAUGACACGAAGCUCAAAGCGGAAGCUAGAGAGAUGAUUUUAGCCCAAAUGAGGCGCGGUCAUAUCUACUCCUUUGCCAAGGAUCUCGAUAAUCCCUACGACAUGGCCAUCUCGUUGUACAAAGAAGCGCUACAGACUACCUUCGACUAUGUCAAGUCGGGUCGAGAAGAGAUCCAAGCGGAAACGGAUCAAUUACAGCUGACUAGCCCAGAAGGUGCAUCAGAGCACGAUGGAUCUGAUGGCGAAGAUGACAAAGACGAAACAAGCGCCAAAUUCGCUCGCAUUACGACUCUUCGCAGGUCACUCCGGUCCUUCCUUGAGCUUGAGCACGCGUGCUAUUUCUUCAUUGGUAACAUGCAUUUUCAAAAGAAGGAGAAUGUUGCACUAACAGUGCCUGAAUCGGAUGACUUCAAUCUACUGGAGAAUCUCGAGAAGGAAUGGUACGAUAAAGCUCGAACGAUACGUCAAGAGCUCCUGAAGGAAACCGAGGCUCGCACUCAGCGACAGAUGCGGAAGAUCAAGGAUUUGAGGAACCAGCAUCAGGAAAUAGAACUACCUGAAAUCGAAGAUCUUGGCGGCAUCGAAAGCAGCAGCGUGCUUGAGAAGCUGGAUGUCAUCAGCGAAGUCAUCAACCUCCAGAGCGCGAAAUUGAAGGAGUGGCGGAACAAGAUCAUUGAGAUUCUAACCAUGCCACUUGUCGAUAACGACGAUGAGAAGGAAAUCACUGGUGAAGAAUACGAAACUUCCCUCAAGGUUCAAGACGAGCUCUACGUCUACAUCCAAGCCUUUCGCACCAUUGUCGCCGACAUGAUGACCGCAGUGCACGGAACAGAGGAUACCCUUGUCAUCCACGAGAUGGACCAAGCGAUCAAAGCGGCCAAGGAUGAGGACAUCACUAGACGUGGGCACGCUCCCGAGCUUCUCCUCAAGCUCGCUCAAGAACGUGGACAGUUGCGUGCGAAGUCCCAGCACGGAUCGCUCAAGGGUGUUGUAGCCUCCGCUCGCCAGGUGAUUACAUCACUUCAAUACCGAGCUGAUACCGCAGAUAAACGAGCCUCAGCAGAGCUGGCCAUUACCCAGAAGUACUUCGCACAGAUACAAGAGAUGUUCUCGGCAAAGAAUGAGCUCACCGCCGAGCUAGAGAAGGAACAAGAGCAGUUUCGACUCACGAUGAACCUGCGUUUGGAAUUCUACCGCCAAGUCCAACAUAUCUCGGAGACUGUAGAAGACUAUAAAGACGAGAUGGACGAGACCUUCGAUGUUCGCGCAUUCAGGCGGGAGACUGGCCUGUUAGAAGUCAGGAAACAGAAGAUUCAGGGCUUCAAGGUUCGACAGACCUACCUACACAAUCUCCGAGUCAGUGCCAUUCAGCCGCAGGGCGAGAGACGGUGUGAUGUCUGCUUUGACCCUUACGACCUCGGAGUACUGACCACUUGCGGUCACAAGUACUGCCGGGAUUGCAUGUUCACAUGGUGGAAGGUUAACCACAAUUGUCCUGAAUGUAGGACUAAACUUACGCGCGCCGAUAUGAAGGAGAUCACGUACAACAACAACGCCGUUACGGCGCAAGAAGAAGAUCACGAGUCAGCAGCAACACCAUCGCCAGCCUCUAGCUCAUCUGAGCGCACAUCAAUCUAUUCUGGUAUUCGUAAUUCCGAUAUGAAUGAGAUCAAGACGGUCAAGCUCGACGACUCGUACGGAUCAAAGGUUGACAUGAUGGCGAGGCAUCUGCUCUGGAUUCGGAACAACGACCCAGGGGCAAAAAGCAUCAUCUACUCUCAAUUCGCCGAUUUUCUGCAAGUUCUACGCUUAGCACUGAAGAGGUUCAAGAUCGGAGUCAGCGGAAUCCGCGACAAGAACGGUAUUGAGAAAUUCAAAAAGGACCCUGCAGUCGAGUGUUUCCUACUGGAUGCGAAGUCCAAUUCAUCGGGGCUCAAUCUUGUCAACGCGACAUAUGUUUUCCUUUGCGAGCCACUCAUCAACCCGGCUUUAGAACUGCAGGCCAUCGCCCGAGUGCACCGAAUCGGACAGAAGCGUGCUACAACGGUAUUCAUGUACAUCGUUGGCAACACCGUCGAAGAAGCUAUCUACGACAUCUCCGUCAAGCGUCGCCUAGAACACAUAGGUCGCGAUGCUGGAUCUCGCUCUGGCUCAGCGACGCCUGCCGUGAACGAUCAAGCCAUCGAGCGCAACUUGGAUGUUGCUAAUUCCGAGGAGAUCAAGACGGCAUCCCUUAGCAAGUUAGUGCGCGAAGGGAACCAAGGCGAGGUCGUUGUCGAGGACGAUCUCUGGAAGUGUCUAUUUGGAAAGCCGAGGAAUACAUCUAAUGCCAAUGAGCACGCAGUCGCAGUAUCAGAAGAGGAGAGGAGGAGGCUUGAGACUCGGGUGCGUAGGGAGCAAUUCCUUCAGCAGGUCGAGGCUGCGAAUACGCCUGGAGCGAGCGUGGCUCAGAUCGUUCUGCAGAUUGCUGAUGACAGAGCUGCGGUGGAAGCGGCGGUGGCGAGCGGCGAUGUGGAAGAGUUGCGAGGACUGCUGGGGAGACGAGAGAGGGAUGAGGAUGCAGUCGCGUUGGCUCGCGAGAACAGCGUGGAUUGA